UCCUGCACCACCAAUCCCCCUGUAGUUCUGGGUGCCCACGGCAUGGGGCUCUCCCCAGGGCUUGCCCUGGCCCCAUGGGUGCUGCCCCAAGUUGGGACCCAUGUAAUGGGGGGUAUUUCAGCCUGACCCAGUGUGUGCUGCAGUUCAAUGGCUCCUUCCACCCCCCCCAUCACUCUGAUGUGGCAGCACCUGCUGUCCCCCCACAUUGCCACUGUCCCCUGCAAGCACCCUUGGGUGCAGCAAAGGGAAGGUCUUUCCACCCUGGCUGUGGCUUCCCCUCCUAAUGCCUUAAUCCGCCCCUGAUCCGCGGUGCCCCUGGGGCUGGUCCCACUGACCUUGCAGGCACUGGGACCUGGUGGGCACCCUGGGGCAAGAUCUGUCGCCACCACCCACCCGCCAUGGCCUCCUUCUUCACGGCUGCCCUGAAGAGCUUCCAGAGGGGGAAGGACGAGUCACCCAAGGGGGCCCCCAAGGAUGACAAGGCAGCUGCACUGCCCAACGGUGUGGCUCGCGAGGAGUUUGAGGAGUACCAGCGGCAGCUGCUGGAGGAGAAGAUCGAGCGGGAUAAGGUGUUUGCACAGAGGAAGGCAGAACGGGCCACGGUGCGGAUGCACCUGCGGGACAAGUACCACCUGGCCCAGGACGAGCGGGACGACGCCCAGGUGCGCGUGGCCGGAGGUGCGGUGGAGCUGCCACAGGACCUGGCAGCCGUGGUGCACAGCGAGGAGGAGGAGGAGGAGGAGGAUGGCAGCGCCGGGGCCUUUGCCUUCCUGGCGAAGCUGCGGGAGGUGGAGCUGCCGGCGCUGCGGGGGCGAGCGCUGGGCGGAGCGGAGCAGGUGAAGGAAAGCGAGGUCUAAUCUUCCUGAGUCGCCUGUCCCCGAGGACUAAGCUCGCUGAACCCGUGUGAAAUGUUCGGCCGGCGCUGGCCCC